UUUGCCUUUCAGCGCCCGACAACGCUCGAUAAAUACAUGUAGUUCAAUUAAAUGUUUACAUAUAAGCUUAGUGUAGAGACGAAGUUAGUCGUACCACGGACUUCUAAUCAUCAGUCAUUUGAAGUCCAUGGUCGAACAGCCUGUCGGAAUUUCUCUCCAUUCAGCACAUCAACAGAGACUCUGAGGUAUCCCAGUGCCGUGGGAGUCUGGAGGGGACUCGAGGGACAAUGGCCAACUCAGAUACCAGUAAUGCUAUAGUCGACCAACCACUUGGACAUUAUAAUAAGGUUGGAAGCAUUUCAAACACACCAGAUGAAACAGUGAGGACUUCUGUAUCAGAUGUUGUUGUAAGACUUAUGGAAGAGCACGAUGCUGAAUUCGUUGGUAGAAUGGAGGUCCAGUCUUUUAGUUCUAAAUACGAACACGCAGUGGGAAAGAGCAGAAUUGACAAAGUUACCAUUAUACGCCAGGAUUAUUACCGAGAUAUAGAUGAUAAAACAAACUGCCGGGUCCUUGUUGCUGAAUAUAAAAACAAACGCGCAGGGAUGCUCUAUAGCAGGUUCCAUGGGUAUAGAGCUCCAAGGGGUUUGUCGUGUUGUGACCUUUGUGGGAGACUUGGAUGUCGCGGCGCAAAUGGCAUGCUUUGGCUUAACUGCCUGGAGUGUUUUGGGGGUGUAGCUCAAGGGGAAUGUUACGUAGAUGCGAUAUGUGUUGACGAGGAGUUCAGGGGGCAAGGUAUUGGCAAAAUCUUAAUGGAACGAGCCGAGCAAGAGGCAAAAGGAAUUGGAUGUUCAAAAAUGACGCUCCAUGUAGCUCAAAGUAACCGUGCGAUAUCUCUUUACCAAAGAGAAGGUUAUGAUAUUUCCGAAAGUGUAGAUGGAUGUUGCUGUCUAUGGUGUGCACUUGGUAUAAGGAAACUUUAUAUGAUGACUAAGGUGAUAUAGAUUGAUGGAUGUCGGCUUACUACGAAUGAAUCAGGAUAAGUCUCUGGACAAGACACUGUCACAAAAUGGCCAUACAUCAACUCAGGACAUCGCAUCAAACAAAACACAUUUAGUGGUACACCUGUGUGGUAUAUGGAUAUGGAAUCACUGACAUUUUGGACAUUUUAUGUUAAUCCUGGCUGUCACUUCGAGUUAUGUGUUAUGUUAUUUUUGCUGGCGUUAAUCCGAAUAGAACUACAAUUUACUCAUCUCAAUAAACAAACGUUUUGUGAUUUAAUUCCAGAAAACGAAUUCUAAAAUACCCAGGAUUUUAUUUAGGUAGGUAUUUUAAGGUUGAGAGGCGUGGAUAAUAAGAUAAUCCAAAUAUCCUGAACGACUAUAGGAUGAUCUGUUUAUC